AAAAAAAAAGAAAUAAAUGAUUUCCUGAUAUAGAAUGAAUUGUUUGGGUGAAGUGGUAGGGAUGAGGACAUUACUUCUUAUACCUCAAGAAAAAAGCAGCUAUUAAAAGCUAGAAUAUUGUACUGAUCUCUGUUUAAGCCAGACACCCAGUGACUGGGUGUUUUUUGAUUGUUGUGGUUAGUGUUAUGGAGAAGUGAUGACCUCCUGCUCCUUAAUAACAUUUAAGAAUUGACCCAAUAAUCCAGUAUUGGGGUUUACAUGCAAGAAAGUUAAUUAGAAAUAGUGCAUGAUCCUUUCAAAAUAUCUUAAUAUUAACUUUGCCGUUUCAUGUUUCUCUUUUAACUGUCUUAUAAAUUUUGAUACCAUUUGCCAUAAAAUGUUGAUUACUUAGUUCAAGUCCAUAGUAAUGUUUUUGAGGUAGUCAGUAUUUGUUCUAAACCUUCUUUAAGCGCAAGGUUGAAAGUUUCAGAUGUGACAGAUUUUUUAUAAAUUCCCAAAUAGGCCAGUUUUCACCAUGGCACUCAAAAGAGAUCAUCUAGAAAUUUCAUUGCACCUUUUGGGGAAGGGUUAAUCUGUCCUCUUCAACUUCAUAUUUAUUAUCUAAUCAUUUCACCAUUAGCCUUUACUUCUAGGGCAUUGAUGUCUUUGUUUGGCUUUAUUGUUUAGUCUGCAGACGUAUAGAUGCAGAUAUAGAAGUGUUUUGAAGAUGAGCUGUUUACCUGGAAACCCAUAGUGAAAAUGCGUCAUGUGGUGCAUUUCAUUCUUCUACUCCAUUUGGACAUUUGAAGACCAAGAGAGAACAUUGUGAAAUGGUCAGAGUGAUGGUGACAGUUUAGAUAUGGUAUUAGUGGUUUGUUUUGUGGCUUCAAGUUUACAAUCUUUCAAAAUAGAAUAGAGUAUCCACUGAUUUCGAAAGAGCCGUGGUUGACUCCAAGGCCUCUCAGGUAGGGCAUGUGGAUUUGUUCUUUCUGAAAAUGUGUCUUCUCCUCCGUAUAGCACUCAUUGUUGUUCCUUCUCUAGUGUCCCUGUGAGAGACUCUGUGAAGACCUGGUUCUCCAGAGAUAGCUCCAUCCCAGAAGCACUUCACCUAAAAGGACUUGUCAAGCCAGACGAUGCCGGUUGAGCUGGGGCAGGCCCUAGUCCUGCUGCCGCCACUGGCCAAGGCUGAGGACUCCCCAUUCCCUGGCCCAGAUGCUGUCCCUCGCGGGGAGCUCUCUAGCCCUGAGGCUGCACGCCAGCUUUUCAGGCAGUUUCGUUACCAGGUGAUGUCUGGGCCCCACGAGACCCUGAGGCAACUUCGGAAGCUCUGCUUCCAGUGGCUGCAGCCAGAGGUUCACACCAAGGAGCAGAUCCUAGAGAUCCUCAUGUUGGAACAGUUCCUGACCAUCCUGCCUGGGGAGAUCCAGAUGUGGGUGCGGAAACAGUGUCCAGGCAGUGGAGAGGAGGCAGUGACCCUCGUGGAGAGCUUGAAGGGAGACCCCCAGAGACUGUGGCAGUGGAUCAGCAUCCAAGUUCUAGGACAGGAAAUCUUAUCAGAGAAGGUGGAAUCUCCAACCCGCCGAGUGGGUGAAGUAGAGCCCCAUCUUGAAGUGAUGCCUCAGGAACUGGGACUUCAGAAUUCAUCCUCCGGGCCUGGGGAGCCGCUCAGCCACAUUGUGAAAGAGGAGUCUGACAUGGAACAAGAAUUAGUGAUGACUGCUUCCCAGCUUCCUGCCCAACCUGAGGAAAGGCUUAUCAGAGACCAGGACUUCGGAGCCUCCCUUCUCCAAACAGCACCUCAGGAGCAGUGGAGGCACCUGGAUUCUAUUCAAAAGGAGCAAUACUGGGAUCUCAUGCUGGAGACCUAUGGGAAAAUGGUCUCAGGAGGCAUUUCCAAUUCCAAGCCUGACCCAACUAUUUCAACAGAGUGUGGGGAAGAGCUGGCAGGACUGCACCUUCAUGUCAGUGAGAAGACCCCAAGACCCACCUGUACAGGAAAUAGACAGGAGAAUGACAAAGAGAACCUAAACUUGGAAAACUAUCAGGACCAGGAACCUCAGGCCUCAGGAGAGGCACCUUCUCAGCCUUCCUUGAGUGGCCUCUUCAGCGAGGAUGCACCGAGAGGCUUUGGAGAAGGAGAGAAUCUCCCUGAGGCUCAGGAAAACCUUCAGGGUGAGGGGGCAGGGGGACAGCUGUCUCCUCAAGAAAGGACUUCUGGGAAACAGCUAGGUCAGCAUUUGCCCGGUCCUCAUCCCGGAGAACUGUCUGUGCUGUGGCUUGAGGAGAAGAGAGAGGCCUCCCCCAAAGGGCAGCUGCGGGCCCCCAUGGCCCAGAAACUCCCCACCUGCAGGGAAUGUGGGAAAACCUUUUACAGGAAUUCUCAGCUUGUUUUUCACCAAAGGACUCACACUGGAGAGACAUACUUUCAAUGCCCCACAUGCAAAAAAGCCUUUCUGCGAAGUUCAGACUUUGUGAAACAUCAGAGAAUUCACACAGGAGAGAAGCCCUGUAAAUGUGAUUACUGUGGGAAAGGCUUUAGUGACUUCUCAGGAUUGCGUCACCACGAGAAGAUCCACACGGGAGAGAAGCCCUAUAAAUGUCCCAUCUGUGAGAAGAGUUUUAUUCAGAGAUCAAACUUUAAUAGACAUCAGAGGGUUCACACAGGAGAGAAACCUUAUAAAUGUUCUCGCUGUGGGAAAAGUUUCAGCUGGAGCUCGAGCCUUGAUAAGCAUCAAAGAUCCCACUUAGGGAAGAAGCCCUUUCAAUAGCCAGGUUCUCUUAACCCAUUUCUAUUUCCCGGUCCAUUUAAAAAUACUUAACUCCAUCCACAGAAAUUACGUCUCUUAGAGGACAUUCCUGUUCUCUCUUGUUGCCAUGGAUUGGAGAGGAGAGAUUUAAACAUGGUUUUGGACUUGGAGGAUAUAUUGGCCUCUGGAUUGGAUUUCACACUGGUUAUUUCUUGCUUCUACACCAGGAGAAGGAAUAGUCUUCAUCUUUCAGCUCAUCUCUUCUUUUAGACCCCUUGGGAAAAAAGUGUCACUUGGAGAUCCCAUUUUGGAAAUGCUGUCUGGGAAGAGUUUGACUGGAUUAGCUGCAGUUGCUGCUCAUGAGAAGAACCUUGGAUCAGCCCUUUAGAACUGGGGUCCUAGACCAGGUCUUCUGUUACAGAAGGGGGAGCAGAGAGGGCCAGUGAGCUCACGUGUGUUCUUUGUCAUACGGGUGCAAAAUUAACUUCAAGUGCCCCUUGUUUUAAAUAAACGUAGUAGAGUCGUUGCUAUCUUAUUUGUGUCUGAAGUAUC